AUGUCUCAAGCCGGGAGGAAGUUCCACAACAAAAAGGCUGGGAUUCGAGCUGCCGUCAUCCUGAUUGGACUGCUGCACAAGUCCAGAAAAGCCAAGGAGAAGGAAAGAGAAGAGACUGAAGGGAAACAGGAGCUACUGAACAUCUCCACUGUCCCACUAGGAGAAUGCCCCCCAUCACCACCCCGCACAGCCCCCCCAAACAUGAAGGUUCUUGAAAAGGGCGGGCCGUUCCCUCAGGUCAUCCUCCCACAGUUUGGGGGGUACUGGAUUGAGGAUGUGGAGGCACCUGCCGGGACCCCCUCCUCCUCAGAGUCCAGCUUCUGUGACGACGACGACAGCAGAGACGGCAUGAGUCCAGGAGGGGGCAGUCCCUAUCGACUGGAGUGUAACAGCACAGCGCGCGCUUAUCGCAAACACUUCCUUGGAAAGGAACAUAUGAACUACUACUGUACGGGCAGCAGCAUCGGAAACCUCAUCAUGUCUCUGAAGCACGAAGAGGCCGAGGGGCAGGAGUUUCUACGCAUCAUUCUCAGAUCGAGGAUCAAAACGAUUCAUGACAGGAUCUCAUUAGCAGGAAUCAACCAGCUACCAAGUGUCCCGCAGGUCGCAAAGCUUUUUUGUGACGAUGCGACUGGCCUCAAGUUCAACCCUGUCUUAUAUCCAAAGGGCUCCCAGUUGAUAGUGGCCUACGACGAGCACGAAGUCAACAACACGUUCAAAUUCGGAGUUGUUUACCAGAAGUUUGGGCAGACCUCAGAAGAAGAGCUGUUCGGAAACAAUGAAGAAACGCCAGCUUUCAAGGAGUUUCUCAGCGUCCUUGGAGAGACUAUUGAGCUGCAGGAUUUCAAAGGGUUCCGUGGGGGUCUGGACGUGUCUCAUGGUCAGACAGGACUGGAGUCGGUCUACACGGUCUUCAGACAGAGAGAGAUCAUGCUUCACGUCUCCACCAAACUGCCCUUCACUGAGGGGGACGUGCAGCAGCUGCAGAGAAAGCGACACAUAGGGAACGACAUUGUGGCUACAGUCUUUCAAGAGGAGCCAACGCCUUUUGUCCCGGACAUGAUCGCGUCCAACUUCCUCCAUUCCUAUAUCCUGGUGCAAGUCGAGAACCCCUGCACCGAAGACACAACCUACAAGGUGUCCGUCACAGCGAGAGAAGAUGUGCCGCCGUUUGGACCCCCGCUUCCAAAUCCUGCUGUUUUUAAGAAGGGACCGGAGUUCAGAGACUUCCUGCUGACAAAGUUGAUCAAUGCCGAAAACGCCUGCUACAAAUCUGACAAAUUUGCAAAAUUGGAGGGCCGGACGCGGGCUGCUCUGCUCGAUAACCUCCAUGACGAGCUUCACCGUCAGAGUCAGACCAUCCUGGGCCUGGGGCAGGGCGCCGAGGAUGACAAGCUGGAGAACGGAGGACACGGAGGGCUCCUCGAGUCCUUUAAGAGAGCCAUGCGGGUCAGAAGCCACUCCAUGGAGACGAUGGUGGGGUCUCAUCGCCACAGGAGUCCAGGUGUGGGUGGAGGUGUCCCGGCCAGUCUGAGCGGAGGAGGACUACCCCAGACUGUCCCCGGUGAAUGCACAAAGAGCACUUUUACCCCUCCUGGAUUAUCUGCCAAGUCUCCCCUCAAAAGCCCUGUGAAGCGGCGCUCUGGCCUCUUCCCGCGUUUGCACUCCAGCACAGAAAUCCCCUUAGACAGAAGCAUGUCUCGUGAGCACAAGCCUUUGGAGUUCUGCCCACUGACCCAUGAAGUGAAGUCAGAUACUCCGUCCAAUCCCAGCUCACCGGAGAUCUGUCCCAACAAAGACAGACCGUUGUUCAAGCUGAAGGACUGCAGCAGUGGACGUCCAAACAUCUCUCGGUCCUCGUCCAGCACCAGCAGCUUCAGCAGCACCACAGGAGAGACCGAGGCACUGGAGGACCUCGACUCUGCCCACCCCCCCUCAGUCUCGUCUGCCUUCAGUCCAGCCGCCAGUGUGGACAGCCAGGGCUCGGGGACUCCGGUCAUCAUGUGCCGCAGCCCCACCACAGAUGGGAAAACUAAGACGUCGCCGAGGUCAAACUUGAAGUUUCGCUUUGACAAAAUGAGCCACUCGUCGACAGCCUCCGAGUAG